CCUGUGGUGGCUAAAGCGACGUGUCCUUGUCGCCCGUGGGCAGCCUCUGCGUGUACAGCCUUGGAUCCCCCAGUUCGAAGGGCCUCUCCCAGCCACCACCUCCUGGGAAAACCAGCCUGGAGCUAUGAAGACCAAGAACCGGCCCCCUAGGCGCCGGACACCCAUGCAGGACACAGAAGCUAGCCCAGGAGAGCAGACGCCUGACAGACCCCAGUCAGGCUCAGGGGGGUCAGAGCUGACAAAGGGUCUUCGGAGCAGGACAACCCGUGCAAGUGGAGCUCGAGCAGAGGUCAAGCGGCGACAGGGGUCCAGUGGCCGCAGGGAGAACAGCGUUCAGAGGCGACUGGAGAGCAAUGAGCGGGAAAGACAACGGAUGCAUAAACUCAACAAUGCCUUCCAGGCACUGCGCGAGGUCAUCCCACAUGUGCGGGCUGACAAGAAGCUCUCCAAGAUUGAGACCCUCACACUGGCCAAGAACUAUAUCAAGUCACUGACCGCCACCAUACUUACUAUGUCCAGCAGCCGUCUCCCAGGGCUGGAGGCACCAGGUCCUGCACCAGGCCCUAAACUAUACCAACACUACCACCAGCAGCAGCAGCAGCAGCAGCAGCAGGUGUCUGGGGCCAUGCUUGGUGUCACCGAGGACCAGCCCCAAGGCCACCUGCAACGGUACUCUACACAGAUCCACAGCUUCAGAGAGGGGAGCUAGCACGCUCUUCAGAGUCCAGAGUGGGUUGGAAGCGCUGACCUGGCCUGUUCAUCUCAGUUGUGGUCCCUCUAUGCCAUAAGCCCCAGACUGACAAUGACACUGCUGAGGUCCUUGAGGGAAUUUUGUUGUUGAUAAAGACUCUUGCGUGGCCAGAGCUGGCCUUGAACUCCUGAUCUUUCUUACCUCCAUCUUCUCUGGGUCUGGGAUUCCAGGCACACACAUCACGACAUGGUGCCACGCUGAGGACUGAACUAAGGGCUCUGUGUGUGCUAAACAAGUUCUCUACCAACUGAGCUGCAAUCCCAGCCCAAGGUUGACUGCAGUGACUCCAUCUUCCUUGAAAGUCAGCUCAGACACCAACAUGUGGAAGUUUUUUCCUAGACCCCCAGGGGACAAGGGAGAGAUCUGGUCCGUCAAGGCAUACUGAGGCCCAAACCUCCAGGGAGAGCCCCUGUCCCUGCCGCCCUUUGGCAGGGCAGGAGAGUUCUUGCCCUCCUUACAAUUCAUGUGUGCUGGCUAAGGGGUGACUCCAGGAUGAACUUGACUUACGAAUGUCCCUGAGACUGCUGAGCCUAAGGUCCAUCCCAUACUGUGGGGCUAUGGGAAACUGGACCCAAAGUGCCACUCAAUCCUCUCAGGGAAAAGACAUCAAAGCCAAGAUGGCAUCUCGUUUUCUCGUUUUAUAGGAUUGCCCUGGGUCCAACUCAACAACUGAAGUUAGAAAGGCCUAGACUUCUCUCUCCCUCUCCUUCUCCCUCUCCCUCUCCCUCUCCCUCUCUCUCUCCCUCUCCCUCUCCCCCCCCCUCCCCCUCCCCCCUCUCUCUCCCCACCCCUAAAAUGGACACUUCUGGAAAAGCUACAGUGUCCUAGGCUGUGGCUGACUACAACCUAACCCUAAGAUCUGAGGCCCUGUGUAGAGACCAGGCAGAGCCUUUAUGAAGAGGACCCUUGAGCCUCUGUACAAGGAGAGACUUGUCCUGGGCCUUUUAUAGACGUCCCACUAUACCCCUCUCUAUUACAGGGUGUACCCCAUGCUUGGGAUUUCACAUUCAUCUUGGUUUGGCCCCUGAUGUUUGGUUGCCAUGUGUUUGUUUCUUCACAAGCUGUUUGGACUUAGCUCUUAGUACCUUUGAUGUUUGGACUUAGCUCUUAGUACCUUUGGUGUUUGGACUUAGCUCUUAGUACCUUUGGUGUUUUUCUGAGGUGGAAACUGGAGUGGCAGGCAUGUCCCUCCCCCAACCUGCUCAUUAACAAGGAGGGCUGAGCGGUUGGCAGUCUGGCCUCCUGAAACCCAGCUUCCGUCCUCGGGGCGUUCCUGCCCCACUGGCUCUGCCGGGCUUCAGUUCAGACUACUUUGCUGUCACUUGUCCUUGGCCUCUUCCUUCCUCCCUUGUCUCUCUGCCCAGAACUGACCUGGCGUUCCUUGGGGCCCAAAUCCCCCACCCCCACUUUUAGAAUAACAGGAGUCUCACUAUGUAGCUCAGGCUGGCCCUAAACUAUGCAGCCCAGGCUGAUUUUUGAGCUUGUGCUUGGUCCAUCCUGCUGCUUCAGCUCCCCAUCCACCCCCAAGUACGUGAACACAGGGUAGGGGGAGAGCCCUAGCACCCCAAAAAAAUAGAUAAUGGCUACAUUAGGCCUGGAGCUGUUGGUCUCCUCAUCCCAGUGAGACCUGAUUUGUGUAGAUUUCCAGUCCUGUCAUAGAUCGUACGUAGGUCAGGAGAGACUGGGGGCCCGUGUCUGUUAUUCGGUGAUGGCUACUAGGGAAGGUCAAUAGGGAAUUCACCAGUGUGAGCAGAGGCCAGGCACAACUCCAAGUUGGAAAGACAGAGCCCAGAUAUCUACCUUGCUAUGGGGGACCUUCCUAGUGGAACACAAAGGCCUCUGCCAACAGACACAAGUACAAACCCCGUGGCUGGUUUCCAUAUGAGCCGAGGCCAGAGCUGAGCUCCUUUUGUCCAACCUUGCCUGGAAGCACAGGGAGAAAGGGAAGCCAUCCAGCCAAACUUCUGCCCUAACGCCUGGCUGCAGCCCAGGGCUGUCCAGGGCCACUGUUUGGCAGGACCACAGCCUUGUGGCCCUUUGUCCACCACAAGCUGCCAUUCGCACACCCUUACUUCCCAGGGCCUAGCUGGGAAGUAGCUCCAUUUCUUUAUUGGUGACAGACAGGACCUAUAUGUCCCUUGGCCACAUCACAAAGGAUCUUUAGGGACUCCAGUCCCACUAGGAGGCUAGGAGACAAGUCUGUGAUACCAGGAAGUCCUAUUGCUCUGUCUCCCUGUCCCCAGCCCUGGGUGAUCUUUUUUUGGAACUGGAGCAUAGGUGGACCUCUAACUUACUAUGUGGAUAAUGAACUUCUGCCUCUAUCUCUUGUGCUGGGACUGACUAGAAGUAUGGACUUCUACACCCAGUUUAGACAGUGCUGGGGAUUGAACCCGGGGCUUGGAGCACCUUCAGCAAACACUCUACCAACCAAUCUAUACCCCUAGUCCUUCUGUCCUGCUGGAUAAUGGGGCUGAGUUUAUUCAAGCCCCUGGGCAAGAGGGCUGGAGCUGCCCCUCAACCUAGGACCUGAGGCCCUGUGUGAAGACCAGGCAGGGCCUUUAUGAAGAGGACCAUUGAGCCUUUGUACAAGGAGACACUUGUCCUGGGCCUCCAGACCUCACCAACUUCCCAUCAGCACAAGCAGAGAAACCUGAAAUGUGACCUGUCAGGGAAAAGCCAUGAUCAACAGAACGGCCUGUGCCUUGCCUGUCACCACGGUGAAAUCGUUCCUUAAAUGACCUGGACUGGCUAUUUUCCCCCUAGUUCCUGGAGAACUAAUGAAAUCGCCAGCUGUAUCCUAAAAUGAAAAGAUUUUACAGCCACUGUGCUCUGGUCCUAGGAACAGGGGCCUGGAGACCUGUGCCUUUUUAACACAAAUACCUAAUAAAAAUCUGUCAGUCA